CUCUCCCAUGGAUAUUUUUACUUUUUUAUUUUUCAAUCCCAUAUAAUUACCAUCACAAAAUAAUAAUAAUAAAAAACCCGCAGAGACAGAGAGAGAAAAGGGCCCAAAGCAAAAAACCUAACAGCAAUAUUUAAAAUUCAAUAACCGAGUCUAGUGUAUUUUACUGCGAUGACGAGUCGAAUGAGAUUGAUUGAUUUAGUUUGGUGGAUUCCUUUUUCUUUUUGAAUGGAUUUUGAAAUGUUAAAAGUAGAAGAAGAAGCAAGAGCGAGUUUGAAGUGUUCGAUUCCUUGCCUGUGUAGUACUGAUACUAGUAGUAGUUGAACAAAAGAGGAGGAUAAGCGUGCGGAUUUGGGUCAUGGCAAAGCGCGUGUUCGAAGUAUGGAGAGGGAGUAAUAAAUUCAUCCUUGGUGGGAGAUUGAUCUUUGGACCUGAUGCUAGGUCACUGAUUGUCACUUUAUUGCUGAUCAUUGUUCCUAUAAUAAUCUUUUGUGUGUUUGUUGCGAGGCAUCUUCGCCAUGAAUUUUCACCGGAUAAUGUAGGGUAUGUGAUUCUGGUGAUGGCAAUUAUCUUUACUAUCUAUGUGUUGGUUCUUCUUUCCCUCACAUCAGCCAGGGACCCAGGCAUUAUUCCACGCAAUUCACAUCCACCCGAAGAGGAGUUUCGAUAUGAUUCUUCUGUGUCUGUUGAGGUUGGGGGAAGACAAACACCGAGCCUCCAGUUUCCACGGACAAAAGAAGUUAUGGUUAAUGGCAUUCCUGUUCGGGUUAAGUAUUGUGAUACAUGCAUGCUUUAUCGUCCUCCCCGCUGCUCCCAUUGCUCCAUUUGCAACAAUUGUGUGGAGCGAUUUGAUCAUCAUUGUCCUUGGGUGGGCCAGUGCAUUGGAUUGCGCAACUACCGGUACUUCUUUAUGUUCGUUUCUUCAUCGACUCUUCUCUGCAUCUAUGUGUUUUCCAUGUCUGCCUUGUACAUUAAAGUUUUGAUGGAUGAUUACCAAGGCACAGUUUGGAAGGCAAUGAAAGAAUCUCCUGCAUCUGUCAUUCUAAUGGUCUAUAGUUUUAUUUCCCUGUGGUUUGUUGGUGGACUUACUGGCUUCCAUUUGUACCUCAUAGGCACAAACCAGACCACAUAUGAAAAUUUCCGGUACAGAGCUGACAACAGGAUCAAUGUCUAUGACCUUGGUUGUUUUGAUAAUUUUCUUGAAGUCUUUUGCACAAAGGUUAAGCCUUCAAAGAACAACUUCAGGGCUUUUGUUCAAGAGGAAGUACAACAAAAGCCCACGUUGCCCAGCACCCAGGAAACAGAUGUUGAAGAUUCUGGUGGGGAUCCACGCUCAAAGGUUGAAGAUGACCUAGAUAUUGGUGAAGAUUUAUUGAAAAUCUCCCAGCGUCGUAAUAUUGAAGAACUUGAUGAGGACAUAUGCAGCAGAGGGAGUAAUGGGCCACCUCAUAAUACAUCAGAGAUGGACUCAGUAUUGAGUUCAGAUCACCGAGCUCCCACAAUUCGAUCAGACACUAGACAUUCAAGCUGGGGAAGGAGAAGUGGGAGCUGGGAAAUUGCACCCGAGGUCCUUGCCAACUCUACAGUCACUGAAAGCAGAACCUACUCCACUUCCAAGGAGCCACACCAAUGAUGAUAGGAUAACUCAUUUAACUGUUGAUCCCCCCGCAUCAUCAACAUGGGUUUCUGAAAAUCCUUUGGAUGUUCAGUUCAUCAUGUUGACGGAAGUUCUCUUUGAUUAGGAACUUACAAUCGAGUUCCAAUUCUGCUCUCCCUAUAGCCACGAUGGUGUGUUAUCCUUAUUGUGGGGGUGGGUUAUGGCUCCUAUUGAUUAUUUUCUUUGGGAAAGCAGUCAAUAGGAAUGUGUUUGUAAUUGUGCGAGAAGAUAAAGAGGAUGUUUGCCUUUCCCCCCCUCUUUGUUCUCUCUUUAUAUUCUUAAUCAUCGUGGUCGAACACUUAGAGUAGUAAUUCUGGCUUUAUUCUUUGUGUAAAUAGUUACUUCCUAGACAUGAUUCAGUUCUCCCCUUGUAUGUGUGGUGAA